AACUGCAAAAGAAAGUUCAAACAUGUCUUCCCGAACUCGCUGGUUCAAAGUUCUACUUGCUUUGAUCCAAGCAGUGCUGAUCUUUACUCCGCACAAUGUGAAAGCAGAUUUCAGUGAGAGUUGUGUCAACUCCACCACGUCAACUUCCUGCAUCCAUACCUAUGAACAGCUCUAUAACAGCUUGGCAAAGUCACAAAAUAGCUUCAACAUUGAAUCAGCUUUAUAUCCAGCCAAAAGACCUUCCUCAGUGCUCGUGCGUGUUAGUAUAUAUGGUCCCACCAACAGCACAAAAUCUUCCCAACCUUAUGCAAAGUACCUCUGGAGCAUAUCAUGUCUGUACGCCGCCAUUCCAGCCACACUAUUGGAGGUUUUGUCUCUUGGAUCCAUUCUUGUAGCCCCCCGGACACAAGACCUCGCCAUCCAAAUUCCACCUUUCUGUUGCAAUGUGUCAGACAAGGACAGCGACAGAGGAUCGAUUAUAAAAGGAAUGAUUGAAAGCAUUCUAGCGGCUCUUCAAGAUCUGGCCGUUAAACCAACAAUACGGGAUCCUACACUGAACACAGCUGAGUGUGUCAUAGAGGGCCACAAGACAGACAUAUCUGCUACAGGACCUAUUCGUCGUAUCUUUGUCACAAUAAUUUUAUGGUCCCCUGUUAGUUUUACUUUUGAAAGUUGUCCUUUGUUAGCGAUCAUUUUUGAGAAUUAUCGGAAAGUGGCAGAACAGCAAAACAACGAUAACACAGGCAGUAAAAUUCGUCAAACAAAUGAAAGUCAGAACUGUGGUGAAAAUGGAGAACACCGAAAAAGAAAAGAAAAAAAGAAGAAAUUUGCGCAGGUCGUAUGCAAUUUAUGUUGUUUGCUGGCAGUAACAGGUCUCAUAAUAUUAUCGGUUGCUUUUGUUUUUUCAAUUUGUUACUGCGUUAAGGGUGAAUUACGCUGGGAUGUCCCCUGGAUUCCUUUAUUGAUCUUAAUUGAAAGUAUUGCAGUCUUUAUGUGCAGAAAAAAAUGUCUAGCUGAAAUCAAAUGUUGGUCAGUACGUUUCACGAUAUGUGCGUCCGUAACUAGUUACCUAGCAUGCUGGCUGCUAAUUGGUAUAAUGAUUAAUCCAACAUGGGGUUUGACUGUCACAUUGCUGCUCGUUUUUUUCCUGGCUGCUGUCACGUUUGCACGGUAUAAAUAUCUUAUUGCAUCUGAGAACAAGGGUCAGGUAGCUCUCUCGUGCGUGUGUUUUAUUUUUGCUGUCAUUUUUCUGAUUCCAGUAGUAGUUAUGGCUGGACAGACAUAUUAUGGCAGGGAAACUGCAGAUGAAACAUUGAAGACGGUGUUGUUGUCUGUUAUCGGUGCUCUGCUCUCUUGGUUGUCCUGGAAGAAAUAUUUAUUAGAGCCUGCAGGUGAUUCACCUAAUGCUCCACAAAACGAUAGGGAAAUGCAGCUGCUGCAGAGCAGAGCAAAUGCAGAGCAGCCUCUCCUGGCAGAUCAAUCCAGUUCAAAUUUAAAUGAAUAAUCAAAUGGUGACGACUGAAAUUAGGAAAUAAUUUCAGGCACGUUUUGUCAAAAUUUUAAUCAUUACCCGAACCUUUAGGAGAGGGAAAUGAUUUGAAUUUUGACAAAACGAAAGUGAAAUUAUUUCUUAAUUUCACGAGUAUACUAUUUGAUUACCUGUUAAUAUCAUGGGUGACAAACUGCACUUACAAUAGUUAAGUUAGUUUUUGACUUGUUUAUUGUAUCGAGAAAUUUCGCGCCAAACGUUGCCAAUGAAAUUUUGUAAUUUCACAUAUGAAAUAUAGAUUAACGCUGAAGUUUCGCGACAAAUUAAUCAGUAAUUUAUCACCCAUGAUAUUAAAAAAGAAAAGCUGUUUAUCAGGUAUGUGAACACAUGCAAACGUUAGGGACAUAGUUACUAACUGAACUGCCAAUUAGAUUUUUUAUGAGGUGAUAGUUGGCGAGGCCGAAGGAUGCAUGUUUAUGACCAUGCAGGGGUCCAUUUCUCGAAGGUCCCAACAAAGUUUUCCCACCCGGAAAGCCAAAGCAAAAUCUCAAACCUUAUGAUUACAGAGCUGUUUUAUUAACAUAUUCUUGAUAUGAACAGAGGUCCCCUCCCUACAAGACGUUUCAGGCGUAUACACUUCUCUGUUUAUAGAUACAGAUUAACUAAAACUACCUUUGCAGGCCCGAAAAGUUUCCGGGCCUUUCGAGAAACGGGCCCCAGGGCCGGACUAUCCCUGAAGUCAAGUUGUUUAAGUCAGUCGCGCUCGUUUCAGCCUGCGAAAACAGCAGUCCUUCUUCGCUCCAGGACCGAGUGACGAAACGCCACUCGAGCCGGAAGCGAUGAAGGACGGCUUUUUUCGCAGGCUACGCUUGUUUCCUGGCGUUCUAAAUUAGCUGGUUUAGUAUUCAUUAGUAUUAAAUUGGCGAAAUGUAUCUAUAUAUAAUCAUAUGUUUACCUCGACUUGAAUUUUUGUGAGUUUUAGAAUUGUUAGAACAUUAGAAUUUUAAUAUUUUAGAAUUUGUCCUUUUUUGUAAUUAAUGAUUAUGUUGUCACCCGGUAGCUAAGACUGUGUGGCUAUAGUUAGUUAAGUUGGUUGCACCAUACGCAGUCUCCUGAGGAACUACAUAUUGACCCUUAGUAUCCUUAUCUAUUCUUGUAUUCUACGCCCUCGGAAAACUGUUCCCUUCUAGGAACAGAUAAUGUCCACGGACAAAUAUCUGAGCAUAUUUUCUCGCCAAAU